AUGACUAUCACCUACACAAACAGAGUAGCUGAUGCCCACCUCGGCUCCUUCUCCAGCCUCCUCCUGUGCUGGCGAGGCAGCGUCUACAAGCUGAUGUAUGGAGAAUUUCUCAUCUUCAUGUUCCUCUACUAUGCCAUCCGUGCAGUCUAUAGAAUGGCUCUCUCGGAUAAACAGCAGGUGCUGUUUGAGAAGCUGGCUCUGUACUGCGACAGCUACAUUCAGCUCAUCCCUAUAUCCUUUGUUCUAGGUUUCUAUGUGACACUGGUGGUGAACCGCUGGUGGAACCAGUACGAGAACUUGCCGUGGCCUGACCGCAUCAUGUUCCAUGUGUCUGGAUUCGUGGAGGGCAACGACGAGCAAGGCCGGCUGGUGCGGCGCACGCUCAUGCGUUACGUCAUGCUGGGCCAAGUGCUCAUCCUGCGCAGCGUCAGCACUGCAGUCUACAAGCGCUUUCCCAGUUUUCAGCAUCUGGUGCAAGCAGGCUUUUUGACUACUGCGGAACAUAAGGAGUUGGUGAGGUUGAGCAUACAACACAACACAUUCUGGGUGCCCUGGGUAUGGUUUGCCAACCUGGUAAUGAAGGCCUAUGUUGGAGGUCGAAUCCGGGACCCUGUCAUGCUCCAGAACCUGAUGAACGAGAUGUGCACCUUGCGUACUCAGUGCGGACAGCUGUUUGCCUAUGACUGGAUCAGUAUCCCACUGGUGUACACACAGGUGGUCACAGUGGCAGUGUACAGCUUUUUCCUUGCAUGCUUGGUGGGGCAGCAGUUUCUGAACCCAGCCAAGAACUACCCAGGCCAUGAGAUGGGCCUCGUGGUGCCUUUCUUCACAAUCCUGCAGUUCAUAUUCUACAUGGGCUGGCUGAAGGUGGCCGAGCAGCUCAUCAACCCCUUCGGAGAGGAUGAUGAUGAUUAUGAGGCUAACUGGCUCAUUGAUAGAAACCUGCAGGUCUCCCUGUUGUCUGUGGAUGAGAUGCACCAGGAUUUGCCUCCCUUGGAGCGUGACAUAUACUGGAAUGAAACAGAUCCUCAGCCGCCCUACACAGUUGCCUCUGCCCAGUCUCGUCGGGCUUCCUUCAUGGGCUCUACCUUCAAAAUCAACAUGCAGAAAGAAGACAUGGAGUUACAGUCUGAGGAUGACGACGACGACCAGGAGAACAAUCACGGCAGCAUCAUUGGACGCUUCUUGGGGUUGCAGUCCAAUGACCACAAUCCUCCCAGGACAAACUCAAAGACCAAACUAUUGUCCUUCAAGAAGGAACACUACCCCCAGGGCCAGCCUACGGACAGACAGAACGCUAGGGACCAGGAAGAUAAUGACUGGAAAAUUAAGAGUCUGGACACCUUCAGGGCUCCUCCGCUGUUUGAGAGGCCAGACUACCACAGUGCCCCACAGACACCCCUCGGCCAAACUCCCAUGGUCUCCCCUCCUGAGUGGUCAGCACUCUCCAAGCCUUACUUAGUCACAGGUGAUGAGGCUUCCACAAAGUACCAAAAAGUUGGUGACAUGAAGAAGAAAACUGUGGAGUUUAACUUGAACAUUCCAGAGAGCCCCGCCGCUCAACCUAGACAAGCCCAUUUGGACGAGCUGCCAACCAACAGACAAACUGUAAUGGAGCACAUAAAGCACUCUCCCAGCUUGGAAAACAGGUCUGUAGACACAGACCACGGCCUGCAUUCACAUGUCUAUGGUUCCAGUUGAGUCUACCCAUACCCCACAAUUUCCCAAGAUUCCAUUAUUGCUGACAUUUGGGCUAAACGUAUAUCCCUACACUAGCUGGUGAUUAGA